AUGGAGUCGAUCACUAAGGAGACAAGAUUCAACGAGCUUCCACAGCAGAUAAAGCAGAAGCUUAUCAACAUAUACAGGAGUUCUCAUCAACAAUACUUGUCCAUGGAAAUGCUAAAACCGACUAAGUUUAAUCUUUUGUAUUCACAGACACAAGACUUGCAGACAAGGAACCUACAGAAAAAUUUUAAGCUUCUUGUGGAAAGUGCGGAGAAGCUAAAGAGAAUGUGGAAUCUCAACAAGGAUGAAGCCGACUUUCGGUACUUACAUGAAAACCUGAAGAAAGCAUUAGAGGAGCUCAAAGAGGAGGUAAUGCUAUACAAAAAGAAUGAGGAAAAUAGGGAGUUUCUUGACGAGAUUACGAUGACAUAUGCAAUGCUCAGGAACAAGCUUGAAAGCCUUACGAAAGAAAAAAGAAUGUAG